AUGUCCCCAACAAAAGAGAAACCCAUUGAGGCUGUCAUGGACGAGAGCAUUGGGACCUUUGUCUCAGUAUCUCCUCCCGUAAGUGAUAUCACCCAAGCCAAAGUGCCUACCCAGACCACUUCAGGAAGUGAGAGUCAACAUGAGGGAGGUAGCCAAGGUCAGUUGGAUGAAUUGGAGAAGCCCCAUUCACCAGGAGUGGAAGAGGAUCAUCCGCAACCGGUUUGCGUUGACCGCAGAGUUUGCCUCAAGUCAUUUAGAAUUAAGGAUAUGAAGGAUCUGCUUAUCAGGAUGGGGUUUUCCAAAGAGGUUGCUGAGAAUAGUAUUCAAGCUGCUGCAGAACUCGAACAGAUGGCUGAUGCAAUCAUGUCCUGGUUGAGCGCGUCAAAGCAUUACUCCGAGGCUCGUUUAUGCAUGAUUGACGAUAAGCUUCAAGGCCACCUGGUAGAUGCGAAAAACUUGAUCUCCUUUGUUAAGAAAGCAAAUGAUUAUCAUCACUUCUUUUGCUACUUUAGUGAAGUUCUUCGUGAGUUAGCGGAAGAUCCACUGAGGAUUUUGCUGAAAGAGAAGUUCGUCAAAGAUUUCGAAGUUGACGUCGCUGAAUGGAGACCACUUCUUUCCACCGUAGAAGCGCUGUCGGUUGAUGAGAUAGAAGAGGAUCCACCGAGUAUUGGGCUUCCGUACCUGUUGAGCAGUUUGUUUUCUGUAUCUCAUCUUAUUAAAUUGAAAUUCACCCAGGAGGAUGCAGAAAAUACGGCGGAGGCGGCUAAGAAACUCGAUAAAAGGAUUGAUUUGGUGAUCGACUGGUUGGCCGCCACAGGGCAUUAUUCCGAAAGUCGUUUGAACGAGAUUAAAUCAGCCCUUCAAACAACAUGCGUUCAUCCAGAAGACUUUUUGCGGCUCUAUACUACAACAAAGGUGUAUUAUAACUAUUUUUACGGGAUAAAAAAUCGAGUCAGACUUGCAAAAGAUCCUCUGAGAAUUUUGCAGAACGAGAAUUUCGUCAGAGAUUUCAAAGUUGACGUCGCAGUAUGGAGACCACUUCUUUGUAUCACAAGGGAGGAAUCAUCAAGUGAAGAAGAAGAAUCUUCUUGUGAGCCAGUUGCGGGAAUUGAGCUGAAAUCGUUAGGGAACAACAAAUCUCUAGCAAUACCAGGUUCCUUGUGGGACAGCCCUGAUUCCUUUUGGAAAGUGAGCGAAAGAUUCCUGACGUUUCGCUUGGUUCAAGAAGGCAUGUCCAAAGAGGAUGCCAUCAGAAGCCAUAAAGCUGCCCUUGAACUCGAUAGAUUGCUCGAGCAGAUAGAUGAGGCUUUAGUAACGAACUACAGAUUGUCAACUUUUCAGAGAAGCAGGAUCAUGGGUGAACUUGAACUGUAUCCAAUUUAUGCCCGUGAUUUAAUGUCACUUGUUAAAAAGGUAAGACAGUAUAAACCCCUUCUCUUCCACGACUAUAAAAUGGGUGACCUAAGAUUUGAUCUUUCUUCGAUAUUGGAGAAGAAGCACUUUGUUGAAGAUUUUGAAGUUGACGUCAAAGGAUGGAAACCACUUCUCGACAAUAUCAGCAUGAACAUCUGCAUAGUCUCGGGCAUUUUAGCCACUUUCCUUACAGUUAGCGUUUACUCUCUCUCUAAGAAGAUUGGUGCAGCAAUUCUGGAUGAGGAAGCAUGCAUGAAUCUCUUUCCGGUUUUUGGCAGCGCUUUGCUGGAAGUGCUCAGUCCAAUUGGUCACUGGCUUUCUGAUGAUAAUGGCAAGGGCUGGAAAGGUCGAUUUUACCAUAUUUUGCUUGCGUAUUAUUUUACGUUUACCGCCUUAAGAUUCGUUUUCACACGCUGCCCAGCUGUCGCAUUUCGGUUAUCUGAGUAUCCUGUGAGAGCGAAGAACAAACUCGUUUCAUGGAGAGCUUGUGAUGUCUGCCAGCAUGACGACUCGUUCCUUAAUUGGGAGAAAGUGAAUGGUACAUUUGGUAUAUUUUCGGAUAUCUUGUACUUCGCCAACGAGGUUCUGCAAGAGAGGUCGCAAUAUUGGUGGUACUCUACGCCGAAAAUUAUUCGUGAUGGCUCUUUGUUUCAAAUUGUUAAAGAAGUCCAAAUGUUCUUGAAAUUGAAGAGUGAGGAAGUCCCAUUGCCAAACUUAAUAUUCCCCUUUGGCGUCUAA